AGUCCCCCACCGCCAGAAGCACACAAUGGAAUCGACAACGGCAGAUAUUAAGCUCUUCAAAAAGUGGUCCUACGAAGAUGUGAACAUUGCGGAUUUGUCACUGGUUGACUGCAUCGCGGUGUCGCAGAAGGCGUGCGUGUACACGCCACACACCGCUGGGCGCUACCAGAAAAAGAGAUUCAGGAAGGCCCUAUGCCCAAUCGUGGAGCGACUAGUCAACUCGAUGAUGAUGCAUGGAAGGAACAACGGAAAGAAACUAAAAGCAAUUCGAAUUGUCGCCUACGCUUUCGAAAUUAUUCACCUCAUGACAGGAGAAAACCCCAUCCAGGUGUAUGUAAAUGCAGUGCAGAAAGGUGGACCAAGGGAAGACUCCACUCGAAUUGGUUCUGCUGGUGUUGUUAGAAGACAAGCAGUCGACGUUUCUCCACUCAGAAGAGUGAACCAAGCAAUCUACCUCAUCUGUACUGGUGCCAGAAAUGCCGCCUUCAGAAAUAUUAAAUCAAUUUCUGAAUGCCUCGCAGAGGAAAUUAUUAACUGCGCGAAUGAGUCCUCCAGUUCCUAUGCCAUCAAGAAGAAGGACGAAAUUGAGAGAGUUGCCAAGGCGAACCGAUAAAAAGGGGAAUACACCUUUUCGCAUUUAUUUUUUUUUUCCCAUUUUUACGACAUCGUGGUAGGUU